CCCACAUUCAGCCCCGUCACACUCCUCACUCCGUCUCCAGCGCAGCGCUGUGCCGUCCACGCCGCCAUGGACAGCCUGUCCGGCCAUCUGGCGGCGCGCUACACGCCCAGCGACGCCAGUGGCUCGCAGCCCGCCUUCGACAGCGGCACCGAGCCAGCGGUCAUCAUCGAGCCGCGUCGCGUGUCCGGCCGCAACCACGCACAACAAGCGUCCGUCGUCGGGCGCAUGCGCAACAAGGAUGGCGCGCCGCUCGCAGAGACCAGCGCCGAGGCGGCCAACGCUGCUGGGCCGUCCAGGCCCGCGCCGAAGCCGCGAGCGGGCAAGCCGGCGGACAACUCGUUCCGCAGCUCGGACGCGGCGCAGAUCUUCGGCAGUGGUGCGGUGCCCACGCUUGGCCCAAAGGCACCGCCGAAGGCCGCGGCCAAGGCAGUGCCGAAAGGCACCUCGCGGCCCCGGCCGAAGCCAAGUGCCACCUCGCGCCGCUCGCCCGAGCCCGUCGUCGACUCGUCGCCGCUCGAGGAGCUUGUGACGACUGCGCCGGCGGACUACAAGCCGCGCUCGCCGUCGCCUAUCCUCACAGACGAAGACGAGCCGCCGGCGAGCAAGUCCGGCGCCGGGCCGAGCUCGCAGCGCAGUCCGCGUCGCGCUCGCAAGAGCGCCAUCCGCAUUCCUGAGCGCAGCGGUGGGCCGCCUAGCUCGCUGGAGGAGGCGGCAGCACAGAAGCGCCGCGAGGAGGCGCACAUGAACGAGGGCUUCCGCGUGGCGCAGCAGCUCACGAUCGACAUGGACCUCUGGAAGUCGCAGGAGAGUGCUAGUGCCUCAGCGAGGAACGCUGCACUUCCAGAAGACGCCGAAGAGCUCGAGCGGUGCCCGUGGUGCGGCGCCGAGCUGCCCGAAAUUCCGUCACCGAUGCUCCUGUUCAUGCUGCAGCAGCUGCUCGACCACGCGCACGAUCAUCCGGGCCAGAAGAUCAGCGCCACCAAGACGGUCAACGCGUGUCAUCGGCACCACGACGAGCUCGUCACAAUCCCCGCCGGCGUUGCCAAGGGCUGGCCGAUGCGGCUGGAGGAAGCCGAACUCGUACAACGCGCUGCGCAGCUGGUGCCGGAGCUGGAGGCGCGUGUGCGCGAUCCGACGUCGAGCGAGUGGUUCGUGCGCUGGAAGCAGCGUGAAGAUGCACGACGAGGCGCAGGGCACGGCAUUGAGGCGUUCAGCGACAUGCAGGCUGGCUACUAUGGCGAACUGGGCUGGAUCACGCUGCGCAACGUGCUCACCUCGCACUUUCUGCGCUCACCGCCGUCGCCCGAGCUCGACCUCGCGCAGGCCAGCGCUCGCAUCGCGCCACUAGGCACACAGCACUUCAUCGACGCCGUGCUGCUGCCCGAGAUGGUCUGCCUGCUGAUCCAGGAGGACUGCACCUGCUCGCUGGCAGAGGCCAAGGCGCUCAAGGACGAGUCAUCGGCGUAUGGACUCGCGGUCUUUCCGGCGGCCAGCGACGAGCACCAGGGCUGGGGCGCCGGCGAUGGCGCAUUCGGCGAGGCGAGUGCGAGCUCGCAGAAAGGCCCAUUCAAGCGCACCUCUCGCACAAGCCGCGCCGCCGAGCUCGACCUACCUGCGGGCAGUCCGCCGAAGAGAGCUCGAGGCCCGGAGCACGAUGCGGCGCCGUCGCUUUCACCAGCGACGCAGCGUCCGAAGGCGCGUCCUGCGGCCGCCUCGACAAGUGCGCAGGCCUCAGGCUCUGGCACGGAUGUGCCAUCUCAACAGGGCCCGCGGCGGCCUCGUCCGCGCGCCAAGGUGGCAGCCGUGGCUGAGCCAGAGGAGGCUGCGCCAGAGAUGCCUUCGUCUUCGCAGCGCAGGCCACGCCCGCGCGCCUCGAACACGUCGCUCGACGCGCGCGGCGCCUCGGGCUCGCCGACGAAGAAGCGCAUGACGGUCAUGGACCUCGAAGUCGGUCAGGAGCCUUCGCCGUCGCCCAGUGCUCGCCUACAGCCGCGCACGGCCGAGGCGCCGCCGCUGCCGAGCCAGGCCUCCAGCGUCGUCUUUCUCGGCUCGCAGCCGCAGCGCGAGCUCGACACGCCGCCGCCGCCGCCGUCGCUGCCCGCCUCGCAGCGCUCGCUUGACGCCUCGGACGCCGAGCCCGACGAUGCGGCGUCUGUCGUGCGUCCGUGCUUCCUGCGCGGCGGACGUGCGCCGCCUGGUGCGACUAGCGCUGCGGGCGACGACACGGGCGUGUUCUCGGACAGCAGCGAGCUCAGUGACGCCGAUGCGUCGGGCGAGGAGGACGACGCAGACUACUACUCCGUGCUGCCGUGAGGGCAUGCGUGACGCUGCAAUGACACCCUUAGUAGCUC